UCUCUCUCUCUCUCUUGUGUGUCUGCCUAUCUUCCUCACCAGUGUCAUUUUGAAGUCUGUCCAUGUGGCUUCAUUUCACUGGCACGUUCAUCGCCACAAGAGAGGAAAGGGAUAAAGGGAAAACAGGACAAAAACAACUCGACAUAAUAACCACAUGGGCAGAACAUUUAGUACCCUGGAUAUGAGAGGAGAAGGGCGGGCUUAAAUUAGGAGGAAUAGACGCGGUUAAAAAAGAAAAUAGGCAACUGACCGAAAUUUCAGCGGGUCAUCGGCCGUUUCGGGAAAGCAACAACAAAAAAGGAGCGCAAGGAAAUUGUUAACGUGUGAUGCCCACACGCAGAAAUGACCACUGAUCAGGAUCUGACUAUCGAUGGCCAGCCAGCCACAGCCAUGUUUGCUGCAAAGGGCAUUGAUGUAACACCUAAUAAAGACCAAGGAGUCAUCAAGGUUGUGAAGCGUCAGGGGCUCGAUGGAGAGCGGCCAAUGAUUGGAGACAGAGUGGUCGUCCACUACACCGGAAAGCUGCUCACUGGGAAGAAGUUUGACAGCAGUCGAGAUCGCAGAGAACCUUUUUGCUUCAAUGUGGGCAAAGGACAAGUCCUCAAGGCCUGGGAUAUUGCUGUGUUGUCCAUGCAGAGAGGUGAGGUGUGCACGUUCCUGUGUAAGCCAGAGUACGCUUAUGGAUCUGCUGGAAAUCCUAACAAAAUUCCUCCCAACUCUUCAGUAGUGUUUGAGAUGGAGCUACUAAAGUUUGAAGGAGAGAUUCUCACAGACGAUUCCGGCAUCAUAAGAAGAAUAAAGGUCAAAGGUGACGGUUACACUAAUCCCAACGAUGGAGCAAGUGUUGAAGUGCACCUAGAGGGAAAGUGUGGUGGUCGACUGUUUGACUGCAGGGAUGUCAGCUUUGUGGUUGGUGAGGCUGAAGAUAAAGGCGUUCCUUUCGGAGUGGACCGAGCCAUGGACAAGAUGCAAAAAGGAGAAUGCUGUUUACUUCACUUAAAACCAAAGUAUGGUUUUGGAAACAAAGGUAAACCAGAAUACAAAAUUGGACCAGACAAAGACGUCAUAUACGAAGUUACCCUCAAAGACUUUCAAAGGGCCAAAGAAUCAUGGGAAAUGGACUUGCCUGAAAAGCUAGAUUUGGCUGUUGGAGUUAAGCAUAAAGGGAAUCAAUAUUUUAAGACAGGGCUAUACUACCAGGCAGUCAUCCAGUACCAGCGUAUCGUUUCCUGGCUAGAGAUGGAGUGUGGUAAUGGGCUGGAUCAGCAUAAGAAGAUACAGACUUUUAUACUAACAUCACACCUCAACUUAGCCUUGUGUUUCCUGCGGAUAAAAGAGUUCUCACAAGCUGUGGAGCACUGCAACAAGGCAAUUGAGCUCGAUGAGAACAAUGAGAAGGCUUUGUAUCGUCGUGGGGAAGCCCGUCUCCUUCGUAACGAGUUCAGCCUUGCCAUGGAAGACUUUCAGCUUGUGCUGCAAGUCAACCCCUCAAAUCGAGCAGCCCAUGCUCAUAUUUCCAUCUGCCAGAGCAAGAUUAAGGAACAUCAUGAACAGGACAAGAAGAUCUAUGCCAACAUGUUCCAGAAAUUUGCAGAACGGGACGCCAAGGUUGGGAAGACUAAGAGGAGGCGGGAUGAGAGUGCGAGGAGCGGCAUGAAUGGUGAAAUGGGCAUCAAGCGACGGCGAAGGAGUCAGGACUGUCCAUCGUAAAAGUGACAUUUGAAAGGGCGAAAAAGAAAGACAUGUCUUCAUUUGAUUUCCAAGCCAAGGGAGCAGAGGCAUGAACGAGGUCAUGUAAAAGCUUCUAAUCCAAACCUCCUUAUCCCAAAAUCCAACAUUACCAUUCCUGCAUAUAAAGCAGAGUGAAAGCAGAGAUGUUUGCAAGCCAAACAGCAUUUCCCUUCCCAUUCUGACUGUGCGAAUGCCAGGACGUACCUCCCUGUGGAAUUAGUCCUGCAGAAUUAGUGAGUUAAGAUUGUUAAACACUUCUGGCCCCCACCUUUUAUUUAAAAAAAUAUAGUUUAUUUCUUCAAAAUUCCAUUGUAUUUUUCAUUAGGCUACUGUGUAGAGUUCAGAUGUGCCUCCACAGUGUGUUUCCAAUUCCCAAACUGUACGUGCUGGUUUUCACACCUCUGGCUUGUAUUUGGUAUUAAGCCUUUUCUUGGGCAGCUACAUGCAUGCAUCACAAGGUGUUCAGGAUUCAGACUUGAAAUUUUGCUAUUUUCUAAAUGUGCAAUAUGUAUUUUGGAUAAAAGGUGUAACAAGUCCCGUUAGCUCAGUGGCAUUUGAAACCUUUCUGUUCCUUGGUUCAUAAAAACAAUCAUAGUGUAAAAAAGCCUGCAUUUAUGGAAUGUUGGGAAAAACUAAAAUACGAAAAAAGCAACAACAAAAAAAAUACUAGCUCACAAAAAGAGAGUAGAAUCUGAAAUAAGCACAAACUCCAGAUACUAAAUUAUACCAAAACAUAAAACAAAUAAUACUAAUAAUAACUGUAAUUCUGGCAAAUUCACUGUAUUUUGUUAUUGCUAGAAACAACUGAAAUAAUAUUAUUUUGUGACAUUAAGCUACUACCUAAAGCCAAAUCAGUACUGAACCUAAACUGUAGUGUAGAGAGAUUAUUUCCAGACAUACAAUUUAAAUUUAGGAUAAAGACGAGGCAGUGUUUUACAAUGGAUAAGAUCACCGUCAUGCACUAAAAUAAAAAUAAUUUAUUCACGAAUACAUGCAUGAUAAGUAAUUUGUAAUUUGUUGAAAUCUUGUGUUUUAUCCAUUAAACACAUCACACAGUAAAAACCAUUUUUUAUGAGAGGCCAGUCUGGUAUUAAUAGUAAAACAGUGAUGAUCUAUGGGAGUGAUAUCAGAUGAUAACAUCAUUUUUGACUUGACUGAUUAUAUUUUAAGACGGUGGCAGCUGCAAAAAAACCUUCAUGAAAUAAACAGUUCAACAUUAAAGGUUUACACUCCUGAGCUUUGGUGGAUUUUAGUGAUUGAUGACUUUCUUCUUCUUUUGCUGUAUGUUUAUCUAUCUGCUAACUGCAUAAACAAGCAUGGCACAAUCUCCAGCACACAUAAAUCCUCAUAAUUGUGACUUCUUAUAAAAGGAGGCAUUUGAUCAUAACAUCAUCCCCAUUUCCACCUUUGUAUUUGACAGGGCAGAUGCACUAGUAUUGACCCCUUGAGUACAAGUGGAAGAGGGACACCAAAACAGCAAUGGAGCUUUAAACAGAAUCACAGUUUUCUUUUAAUGAUUCACAAAUUCCAUGAACUUUGGUUAUGUAAUCAACUACAUAAUUUCACAUCUGUUUUUUGCCUCAGUCCUGGAACUAGUGUCUCUUUAUUUGACUGCAUCUAUUUCUUCAUUUUUUUUAUUUUUUAACGUGUGAAUGUUAGUGGAUCGUGGACAAUGAUGCACUUUGGUGACUGUGUACUCCACAGUGCUAUGGAGAAAGCACUAGUGGCAAUGCCAGACUAGUGACUGUCAAACCAACACUGUUAUCUUUUCAGGAAAUGUCUGAAUAAAGUCUUGAGAUGUUUUAUAAACAUUGGUUGGCUCAGAAUGAAAACCUUAGCUGUCUUAAAUAUUUUGUGUAAAAAAAUCAACAGUGUGUGUGUGUGUGUUAAUAUAUAUUGUAUGUUAACAAAGUUUUUAAACAGCAUAUUGCUAUAUGUGUUCAAGUACUGCUUGCUCACUGUCAACUACAAAAAGAUUCCCGGGCCUCUUAGUGCUACCAUUCAUCAUGUUUGAUAACUUGACAAUGCAAAUGACAGGAAUAAUUUGGAAAUGUUUGUCAUAAACAAGCAGUAUAAAAUACAGCCUGUUGAACUGCAACACUGACAAUAUGAAAUUGGUUUUAUUAGAAACUGUUAUAUCAUAAAAAAAUGUAUUUAAUAGAUCUUCAACCUGUAAAGCAAAAUGUGAUCAAUGUUUAAACUGGCAUUUAUGCAAAAGAAAUAUUUUCACACAAAAAACUACGUAAGGUACCUUUAUAUAUUUUUAUUUUUUAUUUUUUUUGCACUUUAAAAGCAUUAAAUAAAUCCGAGAGUUGCAUUAAAAGAAAUACGUCAUUCUUCAAGUUAUAAGUUUUUACAGUGUAAUAAAAUCUUUAAAGUUUG